AUGGCGUUCAUCAACCCUUCCUCCUGCCAUCUUUUCCUCUUCUUUCUCUUCUACUCCUUGAUCAACCAGCGUGCCCUCACCCAGGACCCAUCUUCUACCCCGGUAACGGUAACCAAAGGCAACCCGGCCAUCGUCUCCACCACGGUCGCCAACCAGACAACUGCUAGCUACAUCGAGACGACUCAAAACACCCCUAUAGAGACGGGGCUGUCCACUCCCAUCAGCGGGGGCGAUGCGGAUGAUGAGGACACACCUCCCGUUGGUGGGACGCGUUGCCAGGGCUACUACGAUGUGAUGGGCCAAUGGGACCCGCCGUUCAACUGCAACGCAGGCAUCUUUCUGUACUGCUGUGGCACCUGCUUCUACCGCUUCUGCUGUCAGUUCCGCCAGCAGCGGCUGGACCAGAACAUCUGCUCCAACUACGACACGCCCAUCUGGGCCAACACCGGCAAACCCGUGGCCACCAUCACCGAAGGCGAGGAGGACCAGGACCGGGACCGCACACACCUCAUAGUCUACAUCAUCUGCGGUGUAGUGGCCAUCAUGGUGCUGGUGGGCAUCUUUACCAAACUGGGCCUGGAGAAGAGUCGCGGAAGUGGAGGUGGUGGAAGCGGAGGAGGAGCAGGCGGAGGAGCUGGGGCCGGGCAUGGUGACAUCAACACCAGGACGCUGACAGACCUGCUGAAGCAGCAGGGGGGCGAGGUGAGCUCAGUGGAAAACGCCACGGCAAGUUCACCCAGCGGAGGGAGAGCCAACGGUAUCUCAGCCAGGAUGCUGCGCAGCAGGAGUGAACAGUACCAUCUGAAUAACUCAGCUUACGGUCCAUUUGGACCAGGUCUUCCACAUCCACACAGCAACCACAGCACGGUGGGACUCAACAAAUAUACCUCCCUCAAAGCUGUGGCCGACAGCGCAUCUCGUAGCUACUACAAGAGCUUCCCACUCAUGGACUUUUCCCAAUACCAGCCUGCGGGGCCUCCUGCCUUCCAGGCAGUGCAACCCAAAGAGAAGUCAUACAUCCACCAACCCCUGCCACUGCACCACGACCUACAUGCCCCCCUCUCCAUCUCCAUCCCCUCUAGCCAUCUGGAGCACACACGCCUCCCCAAGACCACCACGCACCCGCUGCUCAGCAGCUCAGCCUUUAAAGCCUGGGAGCCAACUGGCCGCCAUGUCCAAAGGCAGGCCUCCGCCCCAGGGCACACCUCCUCCUCCAUGCACACCUCUUCCUCCAUGCACACCUCCAACCGGAGACACGGCUAUUCAACCCGUAGGCAACAGAGCAUAGAGAACAUGCCAGAUCUCUUUAGCCAGCCCUAUGGAGCAAUGUACGUAGGAGCUGGAGGCGGAACAGGGCACGGCCAGCAUGUCCAGGGGCAACACCCAUCCCAACCCACCUACUACCACCACACAAGACAAAAGAGCUACUCCACCCACAGUACGAAUGAAGUGACCGUCUGA